CUUUUCACAAUUCCCCCAAUUCAAAUUCUCUCCCCCUCCUGCAACGGCUACAUUUCCCUCACCCUUCUCUCUCGCUUCCUUGUCCCCUCCAAACCCUUCCUCUCUCUCUGUAUCAUACUCCAAUUUGUCCUCAAAAUGAAGCACUACAUGCAACCAAAGAACCCGAUCCUGAGGGAGAUGCAUUCCGCGGACCUACCGUCGUCCCCCAGCCCUAGCUCGACCAAGCCCAGGCCGUCCAGGAAGACCAUAUCGGCCAAGGAGAACGCCCUUCCGCCCGAUCCGAACUUUAUGCAGUGCGAUUCGAAGCAAUCUCCGGCCAAGUUUAAGAGCCCUCUGCCACCGAGGCCGCCUUCUUCGAAUCCUCUCAAGCGGAAGCUCAUCAUGGAGACCGUGCCUGAGAUUUCUGUCCCAGGGGCUUCUGAUUCUGGCGUCAAGGUAAUUGUCCGAGUGCGACCGCCAUAUGAGGACAGAGAUGAAGGUGACAUAAUAGUUCAGAAAUCUUCUAGAGAGUCGUUAUCAAUUAAUGGACAAACCUUCACAUUUGACUCGGUUGCUGACAUUGAAGCGACACAGCAAGAUAUCUUCCAGCUUGUGGGAGCGCCCCUUGUUGAAAAUUGUCUGGCUGGAUUCAAUAGUUCUGUGUUUGCCUAUGGACAGACGGGAAGUGGAAAGACUUAUACUAUGUGGGGUCCAGCCAAUGCCUUGUUGCAAGAAAACUUAUCCAGUGACCAACAGGGGUUAACCCCUCGUGUUUUUGAGCAACUCUUUGCUCGCAUAAUUGAGGAGCAAAUCAAGCAUGCUGACAAACAACUUGAGUAUCAGUGUUACUGUUCUUUUCUUGAGAUUUACAAUGAGCAAAUCACAGAUUUGUUGGAUCCAAAUCAAAGAAAUCUCCAGGUAAGGGAGGAUGUCAAAUCUGGAGUCUAUGUUGAAAAUCUGAAAGAGGAGUCUGUUUGUACAAUGAAGGAUGUGACUCUACUCUUGAUAAAGGGGUUGUCAAAUCGGAGGACAGGUGCAACAAGUAUAAAUGCUGAGAGUUCCCGUUCACAUACUGUUUUCACUUGUGUUGUGGAAUCAAGAUGUAAGAGCAAAGCAGAUGCUUUAAGCUGCUUCAAAACAAGCAGAAUAAAUCUUGUUGAUCUAGCUGGUUCAGAGCGACAAAAGUUAACCGGUGCAGCAGGAGAGCGUUUAAAGGAAGCAGGGAACAUUAAUCGAUCGCUCUCACAGCUUGGGAAUUUGAUCAACAUUCUUGCUGAAGUUUCUCAAACGGGAAAGCAAAGGCAUAUCCCCUAUAGAGACUCCAGGUUGACAUUCUUAUUGCAGGAAUCUCUUGGGGGAAAUUCAAAAUUAGCGAUGGUCUGUGCUGUUUCUCCUUCACAAGGCUGUAAGAGUGAAACUUUCAGUACGUUGAGAUUUGCUCAGCGUGCUAAGGCGAUUAAGAACAAGGCAGUUGUUAAUGAAGUAAUGCAGAAUGAUGUGAAUCACUUAAGAAAAGUGAUAAGGCAGCUAAGGGAUGAACUAGAUAGAUAUAAGGCUAACCGCGGAUAUGCCAUUGACUCAAAUGGAGGUAACUCAGCAGCAUGGAUCCGUAGAAGCUUGAAUCUACUAAAGUCUAGUCUCAAUUGUCCAGUGACAUUAACCCAUGUGGACAAUGACGGUGAUGAGGAGAUGGAGAUUGAUGAGGAAGCUGUUGAGAGGCUCUGUGUUCAAGUGGAUAAGCAAAUAGCCUACAGUGAAACUAACAAUACAAAAAAUGCUGUAAAUUUAGACUUGCAACUUGUAGACUCUGAAGAUGUAAGUUUUAAUGUGCCUCAGUGCUACACAUCUGGAGGUGGAUGGAUUGAAGAACAUAGUUCUGAGGAUACAGAUGUUAGUAUGGAAGGAGCAUCUGAUCAUGAUGAAAUGAUGAUUUUUGACUGUGCAGAUUCUGUUAGAAACCCUUCACAUUCUUCUAAUGCUAAUGUGCUAACUGAUCCCAAUCUCAUAAAGGAAAAUCACAGAGAAAGUAAUGUCCUUGAUGGAGAUCCAUCUUGGCAACCUGCAGAGGGAACAAAUAUUCUUAGCUCGUCUCUCAGUAAAUUUCAAAAUGAAGAAUCACCUACCAAAAAUGUGAGGGAUAAUUCUUCCUGCUCAGUCUCUGAACUUAAUGGAGUUUCUUCUGGCAUCUCCAGUGCAGAAGCACUGAAUGAUUUUCCAAAUGGCACAGUGAAUUGUGUGUCUCCUAGCCUGAGCAUUGUUCCAUCUGAUGUCUCUCCAGUACUUAAGUCUCCGAUUCAAAGUGUUUCACCCAGAAUCUGCGACAGCAGGAAAAGCUUGAGAACUUCAUCAAUGCUGACUGCUUCACAGAAAGAUCCGCAAGAUGACAAGAAGUUGGGCCCAGAGGCUGCUCAUAUUUUCAAGAAAUCCAUGAGAUCUAAUACUCUGUCUGCUGAGAAAAGUAAAAACUUUAUUUCAUCAACUGAACAUUUGGCAGCAAGCAUCCACCAUGGCCUUGAAAUUAUUGAUAGUCAUCGCCAAAGUUCAGCUCUAAGGCAGUCAUCAUUCAGGUUUUCGUUAAAACCUACAGAAUCUAAGCCAGUUUUACCAGUUGAAAAAGUUGAUAUGGGUGUCCAAACCUCUAUUGGUGAUACAAUAGAAGAAGAUUCAGUUGUAUUUAUGUGUACCAGUUGCAAGAAUAAAAUGCAGCUAGAGGCCACAGAGGCUGAUGACAGUUCAAACCUACAGCUAGUACCUGUUGAUGGCUCAGAGCCUGCCGACAAAUUGAAGAAGCAUGUUCCCAAAGCAGUGGAGAAGGUUUUGGCAGGAGCUAUCAGGAGAGAAAUGGCACUAGAAGAUUUCUGUGCCAUGCAAACUUCUGAGAUUGUGCAGCUUAAUUGUUUGAUGCAACAAUAUAAGCACGAGAGGGAAUGCAAUGCCAUUAUAGCACAGACAAGGGAGGAUAAAAUUCUUCGCCUUGAGAACCUUAUGGACGGAUUUUUACCCACUGAGGAGUUCUUGCAGGAAGAGCUAGUGUCCCUCACACAGGAGCAUAAGAUCUUAAAGGAAAAGUAUGAGAAUCAUCCUGAUGUUUUAAGGACCAAAAUCAAUUUGAAAAGAGUUGAAGAUGAGCUGGAACAUUAUCGGAAUUUCUAUGAUAUGGGUGAGAAGGAAGUGUUGAUGGAAGAGAUUCAAAAUUUAAGAAGCCAGCUACAGUUUUACAUAGAUUCUUCAUCCAUUUCAUGUCGAAGACAAAACCCACCACCGCAAUUGACUUAUUCAUGUCAGCCUCAUUUGGCUCCACCUCUUACUGGAAUUCUGGAGUCCACUGUGAGUGCUGAGGAGAAACUUGAACAGGAAAGAAUUCAUUGGACUGAGGCAGAGAGCAGGUGGAUUUCUCUUUCUGAAGAAUUGAGAACUGAACUUGAAGCUAGCAGGUCACUAACCAGAAAGACAAAGCAAGAACUAGAAACUGAGAGGAAAUGUGCCGAAGAGCUGAAGGAAGCAAUGCAGAUGGCUAUAGAGGGGCAUGCACGCAUUUUGGAACUCUAUGCAGAUUUGGAAGAGAAACAUAUUCAGUUGCUUGCAAGGCAUAGGAUGAUCCGGGAAGGAAUAGAGGACGUGAAGAAAGCAGCUGCAAAAGCAGGAGUUAAGGGUGCUGAGUCCAAGUUCAUAAAUGCCCUUGCAGCAGAAAUCUCAGCAUUAAGAGUAGAAAGAGAAAAAGAGAGGCGAUAUUAUAGGGAUGAAAAUAAAGGACUUCAGGCUCAAUUGAGGGACACAGCUGAAGCUGUGCAGGCUGCGGGAGAAUUACUUGUGCGGCUGACAGAAGCAGAAGAGGCUGUUGUGUCUUCUCAGAAGCGAGCCAUGGAGGCAGAGCAAGAAACUGAGGAGGCCCACAAACAGGUUGAUAGAUUGAAGAAAAAACAUGAAAAGGAGAUUAGUGCCCUUAAUGAGCUCCUUACGGAAUCUCGUUUACCCAGAGAAGCAAUCCGGCCAGUUUAUGAUGAUACUCAUAUUGCCAAGUAUGAUACAGGGGAGGCUCAUAUUGCUAGUGAUCAGAGAUGGAGAGAGGAAUUUGACUCAUUCUAUAAUGAUGAAGAUGGUGAGUUGCCAAAACUCACCGAACCCUCAUCAUGGUACUCUGGUUAUGAUCGAUGCAACAUAUAGAUGGAAAGGGAGAUCUUAGUUUGCAUGUAAUGAUGGAUGGAUAUGGUGGACCUCUAAUUGCGGAGACAGCCGAACUGCAGAAAGAUCUUACAAGGAAAGAGAAAAGUCUGUGAGUCCAAGUUUUAAAUCAUUUAUUUGAUUGGUUUGCUCGUCAAGUGGAUAGGGGGAAAUCUUCAAGUGGAUUAGAGAAGUAUGUCCAUGGACACAGGAAGGCAAAAGCAGUCAGGCCACAGGUACUCACUUAGCAGCCUCCUGAUAUAGUAGUUUAUUAUGUCAGGAGACAAUUAAACAGGAAGCUUAUAGCCUUAUCUUCUCUGACAUGAAUCUAUCCCUAAUAAUUUCUAUUCCAAAAGGCGUUGGGCAAGGCUGGGGAUGGAAGGAAAACUAGUAGACUUCCAAAUCCCUGCCAUUAAUUGCCCAAUUGGAAAUUUUUAGUGAUACCAAAAACAACAUAGCUAUAUCACAUUGUGAAGUGGGAAAAUGGGCCUAAAAGUGGCAUUUAUAUAAAACCAUCUCUCACAGUAGAAGAUAAACCUGCAAAAAAAGAGCUGAAAUGUAGUGAAUUCAGAUGUCCAGACCUACAGACUUUUCUUAAAUUUAUGUGUUUUGCAAGUUUGGAAUUGAAGAACAACUGGAUAAUCAGGUUUCCAGGUUCCUAAACUUAGCUCAA